UCCCGCCUCGUGGGCAGCCUCGGGGAUCCGGGAGGUCCCUGCGGGAUUCAGGCCGAAAGGCGAACUCUGGUGCCCCCUCUGCCACUCUUGGCAGGGCUGCCCCUCACUAUCCUCUUCCUCGUUGGUAUUUUUGGAGUUAAUGGAUCUAGAAGAAGCCCCAGACUCAGAGAGUUCAGAAAAAUCAGAACUUUUCUCGCAGCAAGAAGAAGAAGAAGUUGAAGAAGGAGAAGAAGAGGAGGAGGAAGAGGAGGAAGAAGAGGAGGAGGAGGAGGAGGAAGAGGAGGAGGAGGAAAAGAGAGGCCUUCUUAAUCCUCUCUUACAACCUGUUCUCACAGGGGAUGUAGAAGGUUUGCAGAAGAUUUUUGAGGAUCCAGAGAACCCUCAUUAUGACCAGGCCAUACAGCUCCUCUUGGAAGAAGACAUUGUCGGAAGAAAUUUGUUGUAUGCAGCUUGCAUGGCUGGGCAAAGUGAAGUGAUUAGAGUUUUGGCAAAAUAUGGUGUGGAUCUGAAUGACAACACAGCCAGAGGUUAUACACUCUUACACUGUGCUGCAGCCUGGGGGCGUCUGGAAACUUUGAAAGUGCUCGUGGUGGAACUGGAUGUUGAUAUAGAAGCUCUGAACUUCCGGAAAGAGCAAGCUCGAGAUGUUGCUGCUCGGUAUUCCCAGACCGAGUGCGUUGAAUUCCUGGACUGGGCAGCUGCAAGGCUGGCUCUGAAAAGAUAUAUUACAAAGGUCUCUACAACGGUUACAGAAUCAGAGAAGGGACCAGGGAGACUCUUCAAGGAAGACAAGAAUAACAUCCUCAUUGCAUGCCGUAUAAGGAGUGAGUGGUUGGAAACCCAUUUGGAAGCUUCGAUCAAUGAGAUUUUUGAGCAGAAACAACAAUUGGAAGAUAUUGUGACUCCUAUCUUCACAAAAAUGGCUACACCACGUCAAGUGAGAAGUGCCAAAUCUGUAGCCUAAGCCUUGGUCAGAAAAGAAGCCAAAACCAUACCUUCUAUUGAGCAGAUAUUUUAUAAAAAGCCACAUUUUCUUCUAGUAUUUCUAUUCAUGACAACUGAAGCUGAGAAAAUUGAUGUGGGGUCUUAUUAAAAUGUUUAAGUAUGAAAUGGGAUCAGCCCU